GCUGCCCAACCCGAGUCUGACCCGCUCGCUCGCUCGGUCUCUAUCUGUCCCUCCGUCGGACUCCAAACUCUAUUUUCAACAGAAUUUCUGAGUAAUAUUUGAUCCACAACAGACUUUACAUGGUGUGUGUCACUCUCAGCUUCGGCUUCAACAAUCCUCUAAUCCCUCCAUAACCCGUUUCUCACAUCAAGGUAAGCACCUCUCUCUCUCUCGACAUGCACAGCAUCUUUACUAAUUCAACCAUAUACCCACUUCGGAGCAAAAACACUCCUUUUUCCUUCAAUGACUACUCCUACUUCUCGAAUGAGAGGUAUGAUAGAGUCCCAUCACGAUCACCAUCAUGUUGUGGUUGUUGUCGGUGUUAUGCCUUUUCUACCCAGGCGGUGGUGCCCACAAGUCAUAGCUUCUUAUAUGGGCUGAGGCAGUCCACCCUGAUUCAAUGGUCGCUUUCUAGAAGGCUGAUCUUGGGUGGUGGAGACCGGUACUAUUACGGGCUUCCGGUUUAUGGUUUGGAGCGACGUUGUUAUGGUCGUUCUCGUGCCCUGAAGAAGAGGAGUGUCUGUAAUGGUAGUAGGAGAAUAAAUGGAAGAUGUAGUUGUAUGAUUUCUGAGGAGGAAAAUGAAAUGCACCGUCGGGGUCAUUUCGACGACGUGGAAUCAUUGUUGAGUUUGUUGAGUGAGGAAGUGGGGGCGGAAUCUUUUGUUGAUGUAGGGAGAAGUGGGUAUUCUUGUAAGAGAGUGGAAGUGGGGAAGAGAGCAAAUCUUGGUGGUAGAGAGAGAAAUUCCAUUUCAUCUAGGAGAGCUGAGGUGGCGGAGGGAGGGAAUAGUGGUGGGACGGAGAGAUAUGUGAGGUCAUCGAAGAGAGGGGACGCCCUUAAGGUGGGGAAUAUUAAUCGUGGAGAGAGAACUGUGAGUUCAUCUAAGCAAGCGGAGCUGGAAGAGAGGGAGAGUUAUGGUAGUGAAUGUUAUAGUGGGAAGAAAAAUGCUGCUUCCCUUGAAUUACAUUCAAGGCAUGAACUGCAGACGGUCCCAAUUGAGUCGAGGCAGGAGGAUUGUGCGCAGGAUGAGGAGUGGGGAACAUUUUCGAAAAAUGAAAAUCAUAGAAGAAGAAAAGGAGGUUCUAGUUCAUCUUAUUACUCGUUUUCAUCUUUGGGAGGUUUUGAGAGUGACAUGGAAGUUCAGGAUAAGCAGGGCAGAUUCAUGGAAGAAUCAUCAAGUGUGUAUAGGGACUCAGGAAAUAGUGGGAACGAUAAAUUUGAGGCAGAAAUGGAAGUGGGUAUAGAGUAUAAGAUGCAUCAAGAUGAUGCAGAGGCACAGGGUGGUAUCCCUCAACAGAGAAAUGCUGCAGUGAGAAAUGGUGUUGAGUUGGAGUGGAGGAAAAAGUCGGAGAAGAAGCUCACUGAAAUAUCAGUUGAAGCAACAGAGUCUAGGAAUGAAUCCUCACAAAUGCAUUCACCAGUGUCAAGAGCCUAUGGAAGAAAUCAUGGAAAGACAUCCAGUUCCCACAAGAAAAUUGAGGAUGAGGAAGAGAAUUUAAAAUUGAUGGUAAAUAUGGACAAGGAAACAGGAAAGCAAUAUGGUCAAACCGAGAAUCAAGCCUUCGGGGUGUACAAGCCUAGAAGAAAAUACCAGCAACAUACAGAAUUUCCAGAGUUCCCUGCCAGUGAUGUAGAGACAACUUCCUUACAAAAAAGAAACUUCCAUCAACUCACUGAAAUGUCAGAAAUUGAAGAUGUUAAUGCUGAGAGAACCUCUGAUUGGCCAAGGCAAUCUGAUACUAGAAUGAAUAACCAAGAAGAAAAUUCAAAUUUGGUUGUGAGUUCAAUUCAGCAGAAAGAGAAGCGACACCUCCAAACAGGUGAAUGGAUCAGUGAACAGAUUGACUCAGGAAGAAAAUCCCAGAAAGUCGCUGGAAUAUCAGAAUUCCAUAAAGGUAAUAUUGAAAGAGCCUCCAUUACACAGACAGAAACUAGGUUGAAGAACAAGAGAGAGAACUCAGAUCUGGUUUCCACUUUAAGUCCAGAAGUGAAGUGGCCACAUCCCAAAACAAAUAAACAAGCUCCUCAGAGAAUCCAGUCCCAAAAAGGUUCUGAAGAUGACACUCGUAUAUCAGUGGUUCAAGCUAGUGAUACAGAAGCAAUUACAGAUCGAAGAACUUUUGAAAAGAGUAACUUGACAUCACUUACAAAACCAGUCGAGGAAACAAGAGAAAGACAUGAUCAAACUGAUGAAAUGGUCAAGCAAAUUAAAUCAAUGAGAGAGGGUCAAAGACCUUCUAAAUUACCAACUUUUCAUGAAGAAACCUUAGGAGAGGCCUCUAGUUUCCCAGUGGCUGUGAAUUUGGUUUCCCAGGGUCAAGUACAACAUAUUGAUGUGGAGGAGGAUAAGAGUAGCUUGGAGGCACUGUUAGUUCCUCCACCAUCUCAAUUGGUAUCUAGAGGCUCUCUGCAUGUUGAGAUGACUAGAGGGAAUGCAACCCUAGAGGUUUCAGGUGAAACAUCAGAAAGUGGCUCUAGUGCCUAUUAUUCAGGUUCAGGAGGCAUAGUCUCAGCUUUGCAACAUGAAUCAUAUGGUAAAGAUGAAAGUACUGAGACUUAUGGGGAGCCUUUAAACUUUAUCACCCCUGAAGAUACUCUGGGUUCAGCUGAUCGUUUAGAGAAAUCAUCCGUGCACCAUGUGGAUGAGUUUGUUGAGAAGGUAAGGCAUGAGGUUUUGACGACUCAAAUCCAGAAGGAGAAGAAAGCUUCUGAAAUGAAGCUGGCUUCUGGUGAGUACAGGCAAGAGAGCUCAAGUCAAUUUGUUUCUGAAGACUCGCAAUUGAAGCAGUGUGGUUCAAGACGUUCAUCAGGGGGUUCUGGAACAAAGGGGCCUUCUGAUGAAAUGUGGGAUGUAAUGGACUCGUCUGUUCAGCAAACUUCCCCGGCAGAAGGACCACAGGAAACUACAACUACUGGGGAUGCCAUUGUGAAGAGAACUGGCAGGUCCUUGUGGGGUAUCAUUGCUGAUGUAAUUCGACUAAGGUGGGUUUCACAUUCUGAAUCCACUAAUUUGGUCACAAGGUCAGGUGGAAGGAGUUCAUCAUACAAGUCUGCUGGCAGUGAGACAUGGUUUUCUGGUCGUGAGCAUGAGGAGAACAAUGAUGAGAAUACAAAAAGGGAAAAAAGAAGCAUGCCACCAGAAGUUUUUCCUUCUGAUCGGAAACUAUGUGGGAAAACUUCUAUUGAACCUCAAGGAGAAGCUUCUGACACAAUGGGAUCAAAGGAUAAGUUCAGUUAUCUCGAAGCUGACAAUUCGUCUUCCUUAACUAUAUCAGAAAGUGGGUCAGUGUCAAAAGGUAUUUCCUUGGCCUCUGGAAAUGAAAAUUUAGGUUUCAAUGAAGAUACAAAAGGUCUUCAUGGAACCCAUUCUAGCAUUGAAGAAGUGGGAUUAUCAUUAUCUUCACCUUCUAGAGGCAUAAGAAGGCCUCCCAUUGUAGAAGAAUUUUCUGAAACCGGAGUAACUGCUGCAUCUGGAAGUGCCUCCAUGGACCAGAGGAAGGAACUUGUUAGUGUGAGAUUGACUGAAAUCUCAGGGACUGAGAGAAAGGAUGGGGAAUUGAAAAAAAGAAAACUUCAGCGGAAAGAGCAAAUCCCAAGAGAUAGAUUUGAUGAAUGGGAGGAAGCAUAUAAACUUGAAAGCGAGCAGCGAAGAAUGGAUGAAAUGUUUAUGAGGGAGGCACUUUUGGAAGCUAAGAAGGCUGCUGCUUCUUGGGAGGUGCCUGUUGGGGCUGUACUUGUGCAGCAUGGGAAGAUUAUUGGUCGUGGUUGUAACCUUGUGGAAGAGCUACGAGACUCCACCGCUCAUGCAGAAAUGAUUUGCAUACGGGAGGCUUCAAAUGUGCUACGCACUUGGAGGCUUGCGGUUGGAAAUUGAAGCUACUGCUAUCUUAGGGGCAAUAUGAGAAAAAUGGUAUAAUAGAAGCAAGCGUUUCCUAUAUGACAUAGAACCGAGCACUUUGCAUUGCACUUUUCUCAUAAUUGUUUGUAAAUAAUGACGAUAGUAAAGCAAACAUUUUUUUUAAUAUGUAUAUAAAGCUAACAUGUGCAUUAAACAUGCAUCCACAAUGUAUUGAAUGCUGAUAAUGAUAUAGAAUGCGAAGUAAAAUAUGAGAUUCAUUAGUUUUUCUUUUAUAAGUAAAUAUGAGAUUUAUUAAUUGCUUGAAGUGUGGAUUUGAAUAACGAAACUCUGCAUUUACACUUUUGGGGCCAUUGGAUUGGGAGAAUUUCCCCUUAAUUUUCCAAUGUGCACUUACAGGAAACUUUUUACCGAGGGCUUGUGCAAUCUAGGAUUAGUUGGGACUUUGUCCUGGACACCCAGUGCCAAUAAAAAAAGUCUGAUUUAUCAAAAAAAAAAAAAAAUCAUUUUUGGUGAGCAAUUGUCUUACUAACUGAAUAAACAAGCUGAUAUUGCUGACAUAAAGACUGCGGUCUUCUCUUACUUCCAACUUCCUGAUACAAUCCAGGUAAAUGUUCUCAAUGAUGCUGAUUCCUUUUUUUUUCUUUGAAAGAAGAGGACAGUACCCCCUUAUUAUUAUUAACCCUUAGAGCAAUACUGUCGUAACAACUUAUAAACCUUGGUGCUUCCAAAGAAAAAUCCAGCAUUGGUGCCCAUUCCUCUUUUUGGAAGAUGGUGUUCUCUGUGAUGCUCUUCAUUGUGGUUCACAUGAAGUGCAUAUCUUUUAUUUUAUUUUAUUUUUUAUUUUUUUAUUGGCACCAGGUGUUUGGGAACAGUGUCUCGACUAAUCCUAGGGGUGCACAGACCCUUGGCAAAGAGUUUCUCAUAAGUGCACCUUGGGUAAUUUGUUAUGAUCCUGAAGGAUAAAAAUUUAACUAAAUUAGUAUCAAUAGUCUUAUGGUUUUUAGAUCAAUGGUUGGGUAUUUAACAAUUGGUAUUAGAGUAGGGACCAUGUCACGAGUUCAAGUCACGGAGGGGGUGACCUAUAGGAUGGAUUAAAAUGCCUUGGUAAUAUGUAUGGGCAUAGUGUUACAUCAUUAAAUAUUGAUAGAUGAGUGAAGCUGUCAAAAGAGAAAUGACUACCACCGGAUCAGCGUUGAUAGAGUGGGUUGCCGUGGACUUUGAAUUUGUAAGCGUGGUGGAAUGUUAUGAUCUUGAGGGUUAAAGGUUUAACCAAAUUAGUAUUCAACAGUCCUAGGGCUUUUGGAUCAAUGGUUGUGUAUUUAACAUAAUUCAAGGGGAAAAUCCCCUAGUCCUAGGGCCCCUAAAGAUUGUUUGCACUCAAGGGAAUUUGAACCUUAGACUCGGGGGGAGCAUUCGCUCAAGCCCAAUGCCUUUACCAAUUGAGUCAACCCCUAGGGGUUAAGAGGAUAUCUUUUUUGCCCCCAUAAAUUAGAGAUUUGAACUGGCCCCUUGGCUUACCAUCAGUCAGAUUUUGGAAGAUGAAGAAAGUCAUGCUCUCAUUCAGUAGUUAACUUCCAAUAAUGAUUCUUUGCUUAUAACUACCCCAUUCUGAAGUUUUAAGAAUGUGUCACGUUUGAUUUUAGAGUCAAUUUGCAUUCUGUGGUUCAUCCAAUAACCUCAAACUGAAAAGUGUGUCAACAAUCAAUGUGUUUCAAAUACGAUAAUUCGUUGAACGUGGAGCAUGGCUGAUAAUUACCAUCAUGACGACUCUACUUGUUUUCCAGCCCCCAAAAACUAAACUAAAAUAAUAAAAGAAAAAUAAAUUAAAAUAAAAUAAGAAAAAACCUGUCUUUACUGGUUAUGAUAAGUAUCACUUUCCGAUGCUUUGGUUAUUUAACCGUUAUCUGCCAUUCUGGUUACAAAGUUAACAAGAACCAUGGCCUCUGUAGAAUCUAGUCUCUAUAGAAAACAAUCUAUUAUGAAGUUUUAGUUAUAGGAUUUAUGUUUCCCCCGUCAAGCUAUUUGAUUGAACCUUGCUUCAGCUUAAUAAUCUCGUCCAUCCUCAGGAGACGACUCUUUAUGUAACUCUUGAACCAUGUCC